AUCAAACUACUACGCAACAACAGACUUAUUCCGGUUAUUAUGGUCAGCAAUACUCUCAAGAUCAAUACAAUCAACAGCAAAAUUAUUACCAACAAUAUUAUCAACAGCCACAAACAUAUAGCUAUCAAACGACGACUACAAAUACUCAUACAGCGGAGUCCCAAAAGUAG